CUUCCUUAUUUACACGACUUGUUUGUGUCGAAGGUGCCGUGAAACCUUUUUUCCGAAAAAAUCUUGCUAAACCUAAGCGAACGUCUUACUCCCCAGCUCACAAAAGCCCCAAGGAAGGGAAUCAGGAAGGUGACGAUGACCUAGGUUUAUACGUAGGGCUGCCUAUCGCUCUGAUUGGCCUUGCGGCAAUCGUGGCAGUAGUGGUGGUCGUAUACCUGAGGAAACGGAAAGCUAGGCAAAUCGCCCCAGACUCAUCAGCACCAGUCCCCAAGACGAGCAGUGACGAGUUCCCACGUGACCACAUCCGCUUCCUGAACACACUCGGCCGGGGCUCCUUCGGCGAGGUCAUGCAUGCACAGGCUCUUAUUCCCGCGCGCAAAUCGGGCCGAGGCGGGAAAUCCACCUGGGUACAGGUGGCCAUCAAGAGGACUCUGGAUGUAGCAGAUGCAGAGGCUAAGCAAGACUUCCUGACAGAGUUGUCCUUGUUGCGAUCCGUUCCCCGGCACAGCAAUAUUGUUACGCUGUACGCACAGUGUACAGCCAGAGAUCGUCCACCGUGACGUGGCUGCCAGGAACUUGCUGCUGUUUGACCAUGGAGUGGUCAAGAUCUCAGACUUCGGCCUGGCUCGUAAGAUGGACCAGCGGAACGUCUACGUGCGAAGUCGCAGGGUCAGUACAAAAACAAGAUCGCUCCGAUCUGCCAUCUGAUUACAGAAAAACGUAUGUGCCAAAAUUGAAAUUUUACACGAGA